AUGGCGCACCCAUCCGUGCGGUUAUCGUGUUGCCAGCAGGCGGCCGCCCAAGCGGCCCAGGGGCGGCCCCCUAUGGCUCGUCGCGGGGGCCCAGCCAGCCCCGACACCCUCCUGGACGUGACAGCGCGAGUGGUCGCCGAGAACAUCCCGUUCCAACGCGUCGAGGAACGGUACGACCGCAUCCCCGAGCCGGUGCAACGCCGAAUCAUCUUCUGGUCGUUCCCCAGGAACGAAAGGGACAUCUGUAUGUAUUCCUCAUUGUCGCGAGUGCCCCCCGCGAGUGGUUCUUCGUCUGGAUCGGCGGCUGUCGAGCCGCAGAACUUGAGUUUUUGCAAGGGAUUAAAGUUACUAGAGAUGGGGUGUGUGGAUAACGUCUUGCAAGUUGGUGAGUUACAAUAA